CUCUCAACCAAAAUAGUGUUCGAUCUAGCCCUGGCUGGUUAUCGAUAACCAACUGCUCACAUAACCUGCUGCGGCCUCACGGAAUUUAUUUUGUCACCAGAAAACCGCAAACACCAAAAAGAUGCACAUCACACGCCUAGCCCUUCGCCAGAUUUCGCGGCAAGUGCAAUUGCAUCGCAUGUACAGUGCAGCGGCCCCGGCUGCCGCAGUUGGUGGAGCUGAAAAACUUGUGCCUCCAACGCCGGAAGGAGUGGCUAAGCCACCCAAUCCCAAAUUGGACUCCAUCGUCAACAACAUCGCCGCCCUCAAUCUGCUAGAGGUCGCCGAACUGAGCACGCUGCUCAAACAGAAACUGAACCUGCCCGAGACCGCAUUUGCUCCCCAGUUUGCUGCUGGACCGGCACGUGCUGCUCCCGCCGAGGAUGAGGAGGAAGCGGCGCCCAAGAAGGUUCAGACCUCCUUCAAAGUAAAGCUGGUGAAGUUCGACGAGAAGCAGAAGGUGGCGCUGAUUAAGGAGGUGAAGAACCUGCUUGAGGGCAUGAACCUCGUCCAAGCCAAGAAAUUCGUGGAGAGCGCGCCGACUAUCGUCAAGGAGGACAUCCCCAAGGAGGAGGCCGAGAAGCUUAAGGAGGCGCUAGCAAAGGCGGGUGCCAUCAUCGAAAUCGAGUAGGAUCGCCGUCAGGACAGUUGUUUCCCUUUUGUGCGUUUAGCUGCUAGUUACUGUUUUAAUAAAAAGCCAGGCAACAUUUGCUGUUAACUUA